GCCUUUGGGUUCCCGCUCUUGACACCAUGCCGCCUAUCCUCCGCUCACGCGGUUACUACUUCGUACUGUGAUAGUCUCAGAGAAUGGGGAAUCUGUGGAAUGCCACUUAUCUCCUGUCUUGGCUCGUCGGCCAGUGGGCAAACAAUCAUCAGCCUGGAGAAAGGGCAGCGGAUUUUCAGAAAAGUGCGUCGACAAGGGUCCGGCAGAUGAUCGGUGAUUUGCAACAGAGGGAUGUUAGUGCCCGCCGGGUGUUGGCAAGCGGGGUAAUCUGAGAAAAGAAUCCUUCCAUGGACGGCUUGUGAAAACGAACCCCUGGCAGUACAGUUCCAGCGGGACGGUCGCG